ACACGCCGACAGGGCUCGCGAGGCCCAUGCUCCCCCCCUCCGCACCUCCCUCCCGCGCGCACGCACGCACCCCCACCCACCCAUACACACGCCCGCACACGCCCGCACACAUAUACACACAAACGUACCCGCCGACCCGAGACGCCAGACUGUUCCGGCUGCCAGCGCUCGCUCGCCCCCGAGGCGCAAGCCCCCUGUCCCUGCAUCCGCAUCUCCGCCCGCAUCGACGCCUGCUCUUGCCCUGCCUCGCGUCGGCCGGCCUCCGUGCAUUUGCCUCCUCGGCCCCCACCGCCCGGCACUCGGCCGCCACCCAGCCGCCGGCACCCCGCGUGGAGGAUCUCCUCACCUCGUCCACUGCCGUCGCCUUUGCCAGCAUCAACACGGCUCUCACGGCCGACGUCGCACUCCAGGCCUCCAGGCGCCUGUUGAACAGUAGCAGCAUGCCCCCUGCGCGCAAGCCCAACCCCGGGGCCCCGAUCACGGCGGCCUCCAUCUCGGCCUUUUUCGCGCCGCGCACGGCCAAGCCGGCCGCCGCCGCCGCCGCCGCCGCCGCCACCACCACCACCACCGCUACCAGUGAUGACCCGGCCCCCAAGCCGGAGACCGGCGCCCUGGACGCGGCUGGCGUCAAGCGCGAGCACCCGGCGGCCGACGUCCUGGACGAUGCCCAGACGGCCAAGCGCCUGAAGGUUGAGACCGCAAACACCCCGGCCGCGGAUGCCUCGACUCCCGAGGAGGAGCCUGCCCCCUGGCCGGUGGGCUCGCCCGUCCCCUACUCCGCCCUGACGGACACCUUCCAGGCGGUGGAAUCCACCACCAAGCGGCUCAUCAUCACGGAGCUUCUUUGCGCCUUCUUCCGCCAGGUGAUCUACCGCUCGCCGGAGGACCUGAUUGCAUGCGUGUAUUUGUGCAUCAACCGAGUGGCCCCCGCCUUUGAGGGUGUCGAGCUCGGCCUCGGGGAGUCCAUCCUGGUGAAGGCCAUCUCCGAGUCGACCGGGCGCACCCCGGCGGCCAUCCGCACGCAGCUGGCCAGCGUCGGGGAUCUGGGCACCAUUGCCCAGGCCAGUCGCCUGAAGCAGGCCACCCUGAUGAAGCCCGCCCGGCUGACCGUGCGCCGGGUGCUGGCAUCGCUGCGUGAGAUUGCCCACUUCUCCGGGUCCAGCAGUGUCAAGAAGAAGACCGACAAGAUCUCCCAGAUGCUGGUGGCCUGCAUCGACUCCGAGAGCAAGUACCUGGUUCGCUCCCUCGAGGGCAAGCUCCGCAUCGGCCUGGCCGAGCAGACGGUGCUGGCAGCGCUGGCCCACGCGUCGGUCCUGUCCCGGCGGUUCCCCGACCGGCCGGGCAAACGCCCGGACCUGGAGCUGGACCCGGCCCUGCGGGAGGCCAUGGCCGCGGCGGUGGCCACGGUCAAGCGGUCCUUCGUGCAGGUGUCCUCCUAUGAGCACCUGGUGCCGGCCCUGCUGGAGCACGGGGCGCACCCGGGCGAGGCGCUGGAGGCCGCCUGCCAGCUGGUGGUCGGGGUCCCAUGCAAGCCGAUGCUGGCGCACCCGACCAAGUCCGUGGGCGAGGUGCUGGAGCGCUUCGCCGGCCGGCGCUUCACCUGCGAGUACAAGUACGAUGGCGAGCGGUGCCAGGUCCAUGUGUGCGGGGAGACCGGCCGGGUGCGGCUCUUCUCCCGGAAUCUGGAAGACCUGUCGCCCAAGUAUCCGGAGCUGGCGGAGCGCAUCAUCCGGGCCGUGGUCCCGGGGCUGGCGGCCACCCGGGCGGCCGACGUGCCGGCCUUCCAUGGGGACGUGGUCACCACCGCCAGCGGGGACCUCGAGGCGGCCACCGACACCGGGGCCGCCAGCUCGGUCAUGGCCGCCGGCGAGGCCGCGGCCGGGGGCGGCGACACGCCGGCCGUGGUCGGCCAGGCCGUCAGCGAGACGCCCCUGCCGGUGGUCUUCGACCAGGUGCUGCCCUCGCUCAAGGGCGGGCCCUCUUUCAUCCUGGACUCGGAGGCGGUGGCCGUGGACACGGCCUCGCGCAAGAUCCUCCCCUUCCAGGUGCUGUCGACCCGCCGGCGCAAGCAGGCCGACGCCGACACCAUCACGGUGCAGGUGUGCCUGUAUGCCUUUGAUCUGCUGCACCUGGAUGGGCGAUGCCUGCUGCGGGCUUCCUUCCGCGAGCGGCGGGCCCUUCUCCGGGGGCGCUUCCGCCGGGUGCCGGGGGAGUUUGAGUUUGCCCUGUGCCGCGAUGGCGGGGUCGAGAUGCCGGACCCGGCGGCGGCCGUGGUGCUGGCGGCGGCCGCCGGUGACGCCGACGCCGACACCAAGACCGAGGCGGCCCCCAUGGGGGGGGAUGGCGACGGCCCGGCCGGCCGGGCGCCGGACCCCGCCCCGGCCGCCACCGCCCCCGAUGCCGCCACCCAUGCCAUGGAGGACCUCAUCACCCAGUUCCUGGAGGCCUCGGUGCGGGACCACUGCGAGGGGCUCAUGGUCAAGACCCUGGACGGCCCGGACUCCACCUACCUGCCGGACCGCCGGUCGCGGCACUGGCUCAAGGUGAAGAAGGACUACCUGGCCGGGGUGGGCGACAGUGUGGAUUUGGCCGUCAUCGGCGGGUAUCUGGGCCGGGGCAAGCGCGCCGGGCGCUUUGGCGGCUACCUGCUUGCCUGCUGGGACGAGGACAUGGAGACCUGGCAAUCGGUGUGCAAGAUCGGCACCGGCUUCAGCGACGAGCAGCUGGAGGCCUUUUCCCAGGCCCUCCGGCCGCACAUCAUCCCCCGGCCGCCGAGCUACUAUGAUGUGUCCGGCUCCGGGGCCGACUCGUCGACCCAGCUGGCCGGCGGGUCGACCGGCAUCUGGCCGGAUGUGUGGUUCGAGCCGUCGCAACUGUGGGAGGUCAAGUGCGCGGACUUGUCCCUGUCGCCGGUGCACACGGCCGGCCGCGGCCUGGCCGACCCGCAGCGCGGCAUCAGCCUGCGCUUCCCGCGGUUCAUCCGCAUCCGCGAGGACAAGGCCAUCACCGACGCCACGACCGCCUCGCAAAUCGCCGACCUCUACCGCAACCAGGCCAUCGUGUCGGGCUCGGCCUCCAGCUCCACGGCCUUCGAUGAGGAGGACUAUUGAGGCGUGUGCUGGCCGGGUGCUUUUUUGCUGGCUCCUGUGGCUGGGGGGGGCGGGGGCGGG